UUAUUCAGUUUGGGCGUUUUGGGUGUUGUCCGGUGAAAAGCAACGCUAAGCGUAAUGAUCAAACAAUUUAACCCUUGUGUAUUAAUUUUAUUCGUUUUGUGACUGUUGCAGACCUCUGUUGGUAGUAGUUUCCAAAAAAGCAUGAUAUUAUGAUGAGUGCUUUCUUAUAUUAUUUCUUUGUUUUGAUUUCCUUCACAACAAAUUGUAAAGCAGAUUCACUGAAAUAUUACUACGAUUAUGAAUGCAACGAACCAUUAGUAGCCAAUGCUAAACUGAGUGCUACUUCUAGUCUGCGAGAUAGAGGUCCAGAUAAUGCUAAGUUAUAUGGUCUAAAUGCGUGGACGGCUUCGGAGAGUGACUUUGACCAGCAACUCGUCAUAGACCUGGGAGUUGUGAGGAAUGUGACGAGGAUAGCGACCCAGGGUCGAGCACAUUCCCAAGAGUUUGUUCAGGAGUACCACAUUAGCUAUGGCUCUAAUGGACUUGAUUACGUCCAGUACAAAGCGGCCGGAGGCGAGGUCAAGAUGUUCGAAGGCAAUCACGACGGCAACACGGUGAAGCGGAAUGAAUUCGAAGUGCCUAUAAUAGCUCAGUACAUUAGAAUAAACCCGAUGCGAUGGCGGGACAAGAUAUCAAUGCGUGUUGAGAUCUACGGUUGUGAUUAUGUGGCUGAUACAUUAUACUUCAACGGGUCGUCACUGGUGAAGAUGGACCUGCUGCGGGACCCGAUCUCUGCAUCACGAGAAGUGAUCAGGUUCAGGUUCAAGACGAGCGCUGCGUCUGGCGCUCUGCUGUACUCGCGCGGCACUCAGGGGGACUAUGUGGCGCUGCAGCUGCGAGAUAACAGACUUGUCUUCAAUAUAGAUCUAGGGUCUGGCACGGCGACGUCCGUGUCAGUGGGCAGUUUGCUGGAUGACAACAUGUGGCACGACGUGGUGGUGUCCCGCCACCGCCGCGACCUCAUCUUCUCCGUGGACCGCGUCGUCGUUACCGGACGCGUCAAGGGAGAGUUCUCGCGACUCAAUCUCAAUAGAGCUUUGUACAUCGGUGGAGUGCCGAACUUCCAAGAGGGUCUGGUGGUGGACCAGAACUUCACUGGCUGCAUAGAGAACCUGUACCUCAACGCCACCAACGUCAUCCAGGAGGUGAAGCAGGGCUACGACAACGGGGAGCCAUUCAAGUUCCAGAAAGUUAACACCUUAUACACCUGUCCUGAGCCGCCGGUGGUGCCCAUCACAUUCCUGAAGGAGGGUUCAUACGCGAGGCUGCGGGGCUACGCCGGAGCCUCCACACUCAACGUCUCCCUCGAGUUCCGCACAUACGAGCACCACGCGCUGAUCAUCUACCACAAGUUCAAGACUGAAGGAUAUGUCAAGGUUUACCUGGAGGAGGGCAGGGUGAAGGUGGAGCUGUCGACGGGGGGAGGUCCCGGGGGCGGGGCGACAGUGGGGGGCCCGGUACGUCUGGACAACUUCCCGGAGCCGCAGAACGACGGGCGCUGGCACGCGCUGCUGCUGACCCUCGGCCCGGACUCCCUGCUGCUGGCGCUGGACCGCCGCCCCGUGCGCACCACCAAGCUGCUGCGCUUCCAAACUGGACCCACAUACUACAUCGCUGGUGGCAAAGCCCCGCCUCGAGGCUUCAUCGGGUGCAUGCGCAAGAUUGCAGUAGACGGCAACUACCGGCUGCCCACAGACUGGACCAAGGAGGAGUAUUGCUGCCCCAAUGAGGUCGUCUUCGAUGCCUGUCAGAUGAUCGAUAGAUGUAACCCGAAUCCGUGUGAGCAUGGCGGCAGUUGUACGCAGACUGUGGACGAGUUUACCUGCAACUGCCAGGGUACGGGAUACGCAGGCGCCGUCUGUCAUACUUCUAUCCAUCCAUUAUCGUGUGCGGCGUACAAGCAGGCGCUGGGUGCUUCGCGCUCAGCCGACGUGAUGGUAGAUGUGGACGGAUCCGGGCCCCUGCCCGCCUUCCCUGUCACCUGUGGCCUAUACUCGGACGGACGCGUGGUGACGGAGGUGUCGCACUCUGCGGUGGGGGGCUCCCCUGUGGACGGGUACCAGGAGCCGGGCAGCUUCCGCCAGGAUGUGGUGUACGAGGCGUCGCGCGCGCAGCUCGAGGCUCUCCUCAACCGCUCCCACACCUGCUCCCAGCGCCUCGACUACAUGUGCCGGCACUCGAGACUGCUCAACUCACCCAGCGAGGAGGCGACGUUUGCGCCGUUCGCAUGGUGGGUGUCCCGCGCGGGGCAGCGCAUGGACUCGUGGGCGGGCGCUCCGCCCGGCAGCCGCAUGUGUCGCUGCGGAGUGCUCGGUAACUGCAUAGACCCCACCAAGUGGUGCAACUGCGACGCCGAGUACAGCCCGCUUAAAGCUGAAGAGUUCCAGAUGGACGGCGGGGAGAUCACAGAAAAGGAGUACCUGCCGGUGAAGCAGCUGCGGUUCGGCGACACCGGCAGCCAUCUGGAUGAGAAGGAGGGCCGCUACACACUCGGACCUCUGCUCUGCGAGGGAGACGAUUUGUUCAGCAAUGCGGUGACGUUCCGCAUCUCUGACGCGGUGAUCUCGUUGCCCACAUUCGACCUCGGCCACAGCGGUGAUAUAUACUUCGAGUUCAAGACCACCAAGGAGAACGCCGUAUUACUGCAUGCUAAGGGUCCGACGGACUACAUCAAGCUGUCGCUGAUCGGCGGCGACCAGCUGCAGUUCCAGCUGCAGGUGGGCGACACACCCCUGGGAGUGUCCGUGGAGACCAGCAGCCGCCUCGCAGACAACAACUGGCAUUCCGUCUCCAUCGAGCGCAACAGGAAGGAGGCGCGAGUGGUGGUUGACGGUGCGCUGAAGAACGAGAUCCGCACAGCGAAGGAGCCGGUCCGCGCGCUGCACCUCACCACCGCGCUGGCGCUGGGCGCCUCACUCGAGCGCACUGAUGGCUUCGUCGGCUGCGUGCGCGCGCUGCUGCUCAACGGACGACCUGUUGACCUCCUCACGUACGCGCGCAGAGGUCUGUACGGGGUGUCGGAGGGAUGUCACGGCAAGUGCGAGUCUUCGCCGUGUCUCAACAACGGCACCUGUCUGGAGAGAUACGAUGGCUACACCUGCGACUGUCGCUGGACCGCAUUCAAGGGACCCAUCUGCGCUGACGAAAUCGGCGUAAACCUUCGACCCAACUCAAUGGUGAAGUACGACUUCCUCGGCUCAUGGCGGUCGACGAUCAGCGAGCACAUCCGCGUCGGCUUCACCACCACCAACCCCAAGGGCUUCCUGCUCGGCUUCUUCUCAAACAUCACCGGCGAGUACCUCACCCUCAUGGUCUCCAACUCAGGGUAUCUACGUGUGGUGUUCGACUUUGGUUUUGAGCGGCAGGAGAUCAUCUUCCAGGGAAAGCAUUUCGGUAUGGGUCAGUACCAUGAUGUGCGUCUCUCACGCAAGGAUAGUGGCGCCACCAUGGUCCUACAGGUGGACAACUACGAGACGCAGGAGUACAGAUUCAAUAUAAAGGAGUCUGCGGACGCGCAGUUUAACAACAUCCAGUACAUGUACAUCGGACGUAACGAGACCAUGAGCGAAGGCUUCGCGGGCUGCGUCUCCCGAGUUGAAUUCGAUGACAUCUACCCGCUGAAGCUGCUCUUCCAGCAGGACCCGCCGCCCAACGUGCGCACCAUUGGCGGUAUCCUACACGAGGACUUCUGUGGUGUGGAGCCUGUGACACACCCCGCGGAGACGCCGGAGACUCGCCCGCCGCCGCCCAACGACCUGCAGGCCGAGCUCGACUUCCAUCGCACUGAUGAGGCCAUCCUCGGCACGGUGUUGGCGUUCAUCUUCCUGUUGCUGGUGGUGGUGGCCGUGGUGUUGGUGCGCGCCCUCUCCCGGCACAAGGGAGAGUACCUCACACAGGAGGAGCGCGGUGCAGAUGGUGCAGCAGACCCGGACGCGGCCGCUCUGGCAGCCGCCACUGGCGCUCGCGUCACCAAGCGCAGGGAGUUCUUCAUAUAGCUCACAGACACACACACACACACACACAACAUACAUUU